AUCUUACCCCAUAACAUAGAUAGUUGAAGAGAGAGAGAGAGAAUUAGUUAGUUAAUGUGUGUAGUGGUUUUGUCAUUGUGCGAAGCUAAACACGAGGAUUCAGACACAAAAGGAGCAAGUAGUCAGAACAAAAAAAGAGCUCUCAUAAACUCUGAAAAAAAAACCAGAUAGUGAGAGAAAGAGAAAAAAAUAAUUAAAAUUUAAUAAUAAUAAAUCAAAGGAAGGAGAAAUUUCAGAGUGUUGCAGAGAGAAAGAGAGGGGCAUGGCGGCGUUUGCAGUGCAGAGAUAGCUGUAAAAGACUGUGAAACACAAGUUAAGGUUUACACAAACACUAGAGAAAGAAAAGUUUGAAGAAGCUUAGCUUGUUGAGUUAGAGAAAUUGAAAGCGCGAUUAACGCUGUCCGACACUGUUUCGUCCGCCGUCUGUGUGUUCUGUCCUUCCUUUUCCUUAACUUCAAUUUACUCCUUUCCCAACCACAACAAGGAGACAUAGUCUUAUGUUUUCAUGUUCUGUGUUUUGUGUAAUUUUUCUGGAGACGCACAAACAUUAACACAGUAACCAAAAAGUUACAAAUCCCAAUUCUCUCAACCGUUUUUCUCAUUAUUAUUUCUCCAUUUCUCAUGUUCUUCUCAAUACCCUAUACUAGUAUACAAAACCGAUUUAGGUUUUUGAUAUGGAAAUUGUUGAGUUUGAGUCUCAAUUAAAACAAGACGUGAGGUUAUUAUUAGGGUUAAAGCUUUCAACAAGACAAUGGCUGGUUUGUUCUCACUAGGAGGAGGAAGAGGAAACAACCAAGAAGGUGGAGCAUCACAACAACAACAACAUCAACCAGGUCAGAUUCCUCCUCAAGAGACUCUUUUCUGGUACAACAAAAACGAUGAUGUUUCAUCUUAUAGAGGAAAUUUAGAACUAUGGAACCAGCACCAACACCAGCACCAGCACCAACAACACCAACAGCAUCAUCAUCAUCAACAACAACAACAUGAUCAACAAGGUGAAGAAGGUGUUAUAGCAGCACAUGCUGCACGGCCGUUUUUCUCGCGAGAUCUGUAUGGAUUAGGAGUGGGACCGAGUAGGGUUUCGUCGGAUGAUCAACAACAUCAGACGUUGAAUAUGGGGAUGAGGUCUUCUUCAUCCGGUGGUGGUGGUGGUGGUGGUGAAGGGAUAAGCUGUCAAGAUUGUGGUAACCAAGCCAAGAAAGAUUGUCCUCACAUGAGAUGUAGAACUUGUUGCAAGAGUCGUGGAUUUCAGUGCCAAACUCAUGUAAAAAGCACUUGGGUCCCUGCUUCAAGACGCCGGGAAAGACAACAGCAGUUAUCAUCUUCUUCAUCUUUACAACGAGACAUUUCUAAACGCCCAAGAGACUCCAACGCUCUUGUUUCCACUCGUAAUUUUCCAUCAGGGUUAGAGGAAGCAAAUUUUCCUGCUAUAGUAAGUUCACCGGCUGAGUUCAGGUGUGUAAGGGUUAGCUCAAUUGACGAAGCAGAUGAAAGGUUUGCAUAUCAAACGGCUGUCAACAUUGGAGGACAUUUGUUCAAAGGAAUUCUCUAUGAUUUUGGUCCUGAAAACACUAUCAACAACAAUAACAAUACUUAUAAUAAUACUAAUUACAUGAUUGGCGAAACCUCCGGGGGCGCUCUUCCCGUUGCUCAACCGUUGAACCUGAUCGCCGACUCUGAUACCACUGUUGUUUCUUCCGGAGCACUUGUUGAUCCUUCUUCCUUGUAUUCGGCUCCUAUGAACGCCUUCAUGGCGGCGAGUGGUACGCAAUUCUUCUCUCGUCCAAGAUCUUGAAAACAAAAAUUGAGAAGAAAGAGUAGUUAUUAUGGGGAUCAUGGCGUAUAUAUUAUCCCACAUAUAUAUACUUCUCUUUCACCACUCUUUGUGUUUCAAUCAUUUGAGGACAUUGUUGUUGUGUUGUGGCCUAGAAGUAGAGGUAAAUUUCACACACAUAUUCAAGUACUAGAACAAAAAGAGAUUAUUAUAUUAAGGAUGUUUGAAUUUUGUGCAAAAAUUGUCAAUGUUUCGUUUUAAAAUAUAUUUAUUUUUCUCCUUGAAAAACUAGCUAGCCAAAGCUAUUGUUUC